UGCUAUUUAAAUGUAACUAUCGGCAUUCUAAUGUAACAACAGAGAUCAAUUUUGCAGUGCCGCCAGGUAUUUUUCAGUUCAAUCCUUGUAACGUUGGCCACCCUACAUAAUCAGCCGUUGGGUAACUUCCUAACCUUGUUCACAGAGCUGACAGGAUUUUAAGUAUAGAAGUAUUAGACCAAUUUACAAUUUAGACGGUACAUUGUAAAUACUUUUCGAGGAGUAGAAGAUCAAUUAUUCAUUGAAAUUAUGAAUUUCUCACGAUAUGCUUUGGCCGAAGGGUGUUUGUGUUCGCUGCCUACACGUUCAGAUAAAUAUGCACUCUUCGAGGACGUUACCAUGUCUGCAGGGAAAAAAUUAAUCAACUCCGUUGAAACUGUUGUUGAGGAAUACCUGUCUGGUCUCUGCUUAGCAUACCCACAUUUGGAAUUCCAUGCAAAGAAGAAAGUCAUUCUAGCUCCCGAUUGGAAGGACCGAGAUGGUAAAGUGUCUGUCAUGUGCGGAGGAGGAGCAGGACACGAACCAUUUGCAGCAGGAUUCGUUGGAUCAGGAAUGCUGACCGCCGCAAUAGCUGGUUCUGUUUUCGCUGCGCCACCAUCUAGCAAUAUUUUAUACGCAUUACAAUGUGUAUCGACGAACAACAAAGCUGGAACUUUAGUAAUUAUACCAAACUACACAGGAGACUGUUUAAAUUUUGGAAUAGCUAUUGAAAAAGCUCGUCAAGCAGGAUUAACGGUAGCGGAUCUUACAGUGGGAGAAGAUUGUAGUAUACCCACAAGUGAGCAAGGAAGAGCAGGAAGACGUGGUUUGGUAGGAAUAAUGUUUGUUCAAAAGGUAGCUGGAUCGCUUGCAGAGAGGGGUCGAAGUCUUGCCGAAGUAGCAAGAUAUACAGAAAUAGUAGCGAAUAAUAUAGCUACCUAUGCUGUUGGCUUGUCGGUGUGUUCACUACCUGGUCAGGGUCCAAUGUUCGACCUUCCACAAGAUGAAAUAGAAGUCGGAUUAGGUGUUCAUGGUGAAGCAGGAUACAAACGACUGAAGUUACAAAAUGCAGCACAAGUGGUGUCACUCAUGCUAAAUCAAAUUAUCCAGACACUAUCCAUAGUCAGUGGAGACUUCGUAGCAGUCAUUGUGAAUAACUUUGGUGGUUCUAGCCAGCUAGAACAAGGGAUCGUAACCAAUGAAGUUAUUAAACAACUGGAGGAGAAAGGAGUGGAACCAGUUCGUGUUUACUUUGGUGUCUUGAUGACAUCGCUAGACAGUGCUGGUAUACACAUAUCGAUGCUAAGAUUGCCUGAACAUUCCAAAGCAAUACUCAUCGAGUGCCUUGAUGACAAGACCGAAGCACCAUGCUGGCCUGGUCGAUACUACAGUAAAAAACCAUCAAAGCCUAAAGAGCCUUUAAUUGAAGAGAAAAGAAAAAGAUCACCUAAGAUAGGCCGGGCAUUAACUGAGCAACAAGACAACCUACUUAAAAUGUGUUUAAAGAAAGCCUGUGAUGCAAUUAUGGAAAAGGAAGAUUUGAUCAAUGAACUGGAUCGAGGUUGCGGAGAUGGGGAUUGUGGAACGACACAUAAGGAACUUGCUAAAGGAAUUCUUGCUGCACUUGAUAGUUUACCAACAUCUCAUCCUUCGUCGUUAUUAACGGAACUAUCAAUGAUUGCCGAGGAACGAAUGGGUGGAACUUCAGGUGCUGUUUACAGCCUGUUGUUCACAACUGCAGGCACUGAACUAUCACUAGCAAAAAGUGGGGAAGAUUGGUUAGAAACCUGGGCCCAUGCUUGGCGUGGUGGCAUCGAUGGAAUAAUAAGAUACAGCAAAGCAAGGAUCGGUGAUCGAACAAUGCUGGACGUUUUGGAUCCUGCUUGCAAAAUAUUCGAAGAGAAUUUAUCAGGAUUCUAUGAAGAAACUGUAACGAUGGUAAUAGAGGGAGUCUGGCGUGCUUGCAAUGAAACUAAAAACAUGGAGCCCAGAGCCGGUAGAGCUAGCUACGUAAAACAGGCAAUUCAUCUGAAAGAUUCUGAUGCUGGAGCUUACGCUGUAGCUACAUGGAUUAAUGCCAUUGGCCAAGUAAUUCUAAGCAAUCGUUGAUAAAAUAUAAUCAUCUACAUAAAUCAGAAAUUUAUAGAACAGCAUAUCGCAAAACGAUUAUGGAAAGUCAACAAAGUAGGAAAAGUUAUUUGUUCUAUGAUUAUCACAUUUGUAUUAUACAUUUCUUCCGAUGUAGUCUAGUCAACAAGGAGGCUAUCAUAAAGUUCAAGACUUGUCAGGUUAAUUACCAACUUGACUCCUAAAACAUUUUUUACUGGCUUAAAUUGGAAUUAGGAAUAUGUUUACAAAAUAUACUGUUAUAUCGCCCAAUUGUAUCGAAGCAAUGAAUACAAUUCUGGGUCCUUUAUAGGAAAACUAGUUGUAAUAUUAGGCAACUGGGAUUAGUAUUAAUCAACUGUUAAAAUAAAUGUUCAAUGUGUAA